CAGCUGUGCCAAUUACCCUCCCUGGCACAGGUGGAUGUGCUCUGCUGAGCCACCUCCACAAGUGGCUCUGAAUCUUAUUCACUCCAGUGUGUUUUUUAAGGUUUUGUUCAGUCGCUGUAUUGUCAUUGUUUCUGGUUCAUUAGCAUAGGCUCACUUCUAUAAAUCCAGCUGCCAUGGCACUAUGCAGAGAACUCCUGCAGCACCCUGGAUUUAUUGGAUUGAUUUUUCUCAUGUUUAGUUACGGAUGGGACAUGUACCAGCAAAACAGAGCUGAGAGGAUGCAUAAUUUACAGGAAAUGAGAAAACAGCUGCUAAAAGAAAACUGUAAACAUGACAAAGAGGCCACUUCUAAGCGGAAACACGGUUUCGAAGACAUAAGUGACAGCGAGCUGAAGCACCUCAUUGUGGAUGACAAGCACGGCAUCAUCUACUGUUACAUUCCCAAGGUUGCAUGUACCAACUGGAAGAGGGUGAUGUUUGUACUGAAACAGGGGGAGCCAUAUCAGGACCCUAGUUCCAUAUCUGGUUCGAUGGUUCAUGUCCCUGGCACGUUACCUCUUUUAAAAAGCCUCCCAAGAAUAGAGAUAAAGGCAAAGCUGAAGCACUACACCAAGUUCCUGUUUGUACGGGACCCGUUCAUCCGUCUCACCUCCGCCUACCGAGACAAAUUCGAGAAAGACAACGACUUCUACUAUGACACCUUCGCCCGAGACAUCCUGCGUCUCUACGGCAACCAGCCUAAUCCACCACAGACGAUGGCCGAGGCGUCAGCAUCAGGCGUGCACAUUUCAUUUUACAACUUUAUUCAAUACCUGCUGGACCCACAGACAGAGAGGGAACUGCCCUUUGAACCUCACUGGAGGCAGAUGCACCGUCUUUGCCACCCCUGCCUCAUACAGACCAAGUCUAGCUCCUCCUUCCCCCUCCUCUGGACGACGUCUAGCUCCUCGACCCCCCUCCUCUGGACCACUUCUAGCUCCUCCAUUCCCCUCCUCUGGACCACUUCUAGCUCCUCCAUUCCCUCCUCUGACCACGUCUAGCUCCUCCAUUCCCCUCCUCUGGACCACUUCUAGCUCCUCCACCCCCUUCCUGUAGGCCACUUCUAGCUCCUCCAUCCCCUUCCUCUGGACCACUUCUAGCUCCUCCAUCCCCUUCCUCUGACCACUUCUAGCUCCUCCAUCCCCUUCCUCUGACCACUUCUAGCUCCUCCAUCCCCCUCCUGUAGGCCACUUCUAGCUCCUCCAUCCCCUUCCUCUGGACCACUUCUAGCUCCUCCAUCCCCUCCUGUAGGCCACUUCUAGCUCCUCCAUCCCCUUCCUCUGGACCACUUCUAGCUCCUCCAUCCCCCUCCUGUAGGCCACUUCUAGCUCCUCCAUCCCCUUCCUCUGGACCACUUCUAGCUCCUCCAUCCCCUUCCUCUGGGCCACUUCUAGCUCCUCCAUCCCCUCCUCUGGACCACUUCUAGCUCCUCCAUCCCCUUCCUCUAGGCCACUUCUAGCUCCUCCAUCCCCUUCCUCUGGACCACUUCUAGCUCCUCCAUCCCCUUCCUCUAGGCCACUUCUAGCUCCUCCAUCCCCUUCCUCUGGCCACUUCUAGCUCCUCCAUCCCCCUCCUCUAGGCCACUUCUAGCUCCUCCAUCCCCUUCCUCUGGACCACUUCUAGCUCCUCCAUCCCCUUCCUCUGGGCCACUUCUAGCUCCUCCAUCCCCUUCCUCUAGGCCACUUCUAGCUCCUCCAUCCCCCUCCUCUGGACCGCCUCAAGCUUCUCCAUCGCCCCUGGAGACGAUGUCUGAUGUUGACAACACAACACAGUGCUAUUAUGCAGGAGAGCAGGGUUCGAUUUCAGUGUGAAACUUUAGCUUUUAUUUAUUUUCUCGCUCUUCCCAUUAUUACAUAGUCUGCGGUUGUCACCAGAUACAAAUGUAUCGCGCAUAAGACUUGCAUGAAACUUAAUCUCGUAUUUUUCCAUGAUGCCACCAGAAUGUUCAGCAUCGUGUUUGUGACAAAUGGAUGGACUGGAGUGAGAGAGGACUGUGUGCACCAGUGCUUGUGAACUGUAUGUGCAAUCAUUUCAGAUCUGGUAAAUAAUAUAAUAAAGUCUGAGUGAUGUUA